CUUUCGCAGUUGAACAAUCAUGGACAAAGUCCAUGCGGUCGCUUCUAUCCCGCUCAACCGAUUGUCUCAAGGUCGAGGCUCGUCCCUCCCGAGUACCGCUGCUUUUGGGUGUUGAUCAGUAGAAUUUUGCCGUAGCAAGUUGCAUAUAGUUGGAUGAAGGUUUUCUUCAAAGUCAGUUUCAUUUAUCGGCUCGUUAGCAUACUUUAAACUCAUCCAGUGAAAUCUGAACGAACAAUGGCAAGCUAUCAUAAGCCGGAGUCAAAAACGAUCCAAGAACUGAAGGAUAUCGCCACGAAGCUAAGAAUUCAUUCGGUCCGGGCGACCCAGAUAACUAAAAGCGGGGUCGAGAUAGCAAGCCGGCGAUAUAAGCGAAGCUCGUCGCCGCUGAUGCUUCAGCUUGCGACUACGCGUUGAACACUGCAGUUAGAGGGUCAGCGGACAACCGUGGAGUUAGCCGAUUAAUUCUAAAGUUAAUUGAAAAUGGUGAAAGAAAUUGAUACGCAAAAGCUCUACGAUGUGGCCAACUGGCUCAGGAUUCAUUCGGUCACAGCAACGCAGGCAGCAAAAAGCGGACAUCCAACAUCAUGCUCAUCUAUGGCAGAGAUCAUGUCUGUCCUUUUCUUUCACACAAUGCGCUACAAGGUCUCUGCUCCUCGUGAUGUGAACAACGAUAGAUUCGUUUUAAGCAAAGGGCAUGCUGCACCGAUUUUAUACGCCGCUUGGGCAGAGGCAGGUUUAUUUCCUACAAGUGAACUUUUGAAUCUCCGAAAAUUCAACAAUGACCUAGAAGGACAUCCGACUCCUAGAUUGAACUUUAUUGACGUUGGAACUGGGUCUCUUGGACAAGGGCUGUCUGUCGCUGCUGGCAUGGCUUACGUUGGCAAGAAUUUCGACAAGUCUAGCUACAGGGUGUACGUCCUAGUUGGAGAUGGUGAAUCUGCUGAAGGAUCGAUUUGGGAGGCACUUCAUUUUGCUUCUUACUAUGGGCUAGACAAUCUUUGUGUAAUAUUUGAUAUAAACCGUUUGGGUCAAACACAAGCUACUUCCCUUGAGCAUAACAUGGAGGUUUAUCGUGUGCGUUUAGAAGCUUUUGGGUUCAACGCUCUGGUAGUCGAUGGCCACGACGUCGAGGAACUAGCUAAAGCAUUCCAUGAAGCACAAAAUACUCAAGGCCGUCCAACUGCAAUCUUGGCAAAGACAUUUAAAGGUCGAAACUUUCCCAACAUUGAAGAUGAACUCAAUUGGCAUGGAAAAGCUCUGGGAGCCAACGGUGAUACCGUCAUUCAGCAUCUAACUUCAUUAUUGAAAAAUCCUGGUCCACUCGCUCUGCAUCCGCAAAAACCCCUCGUCGCAGAUGCACCAAUCGUCGACAUUAGUAAUAUAAAAUUGAGCUCACCACCUAACUAUAAAUUAGGUGAAAAGAUUGCGACACGUCUUGCUUACGGAAAUGGCCUUGCCAAGAUUGCAGCCAACAAUUCCCGUGUGGUUGCUCUGGAUGGUGACAUGAGGACAUCAACCUUUUCAGAUAAAAUCAGGACGGUCGAUCCGUCGAGAUACAUAGAGUGUUUUAUUGCUGAACAGAACUUAGUUGGAGUAGGAAUUGGCAUGGCUUGCCGUGAUCGUACUGUUGCCUUUGUGUCGACGUUUGCUACCUUCUUCACGCGUGCCUAUGAUCAAAUUCGUAUGGGUGCUAUAUCGCAAACCAACCUGAACUUUGUCGGCUCUCACGCCGGCUGUUCAAUCGGUGAGGAUGGACCUUCGCAGAUGGGCCUAGAAGACUUGGCCAUGUUCCGGGCGAUACCUGGAGCUACUAUUUUCUACCCAUCUGAUGCCGUUUCAACGGAACGUGCCGUAGAAUUGGCCGCGAACACGAAAGGAAUCUGUUUCAUCCGAACUUCGCGUCCAGAAACACCUGUCAUUUAUAAGAACGACAAGGCACUAGCAAUUGGCAAAGCUCAGGUUAUCAAAACUUCAAGCAAAGAUCAAGUGCUGAUUAUUGGUGCCGCGGUUACGCUAGUUGAAGCUAUACUAGCUGCCGAUGAACUUGCCAAGAGUGGAAUCAACGUGCGUGUCAUGGAUCCGUUCACAAUAAAACCAAUUGAUGCUGCCGGGAUAAUAAAAAAUGCUCGCGAAACUGGCGGUAGGAUUAUUACUGUUGAAGAUCAUUAUCCAGAGGGUGGUUUGGGCGAUGCAGUACUCUCGGCCGUUGCUGGUGUGCGAGAUAUAAUUGUGAAAAAGCUUGCCGUACCAGUUGUGCCUCGCUCUGGUCCAACAGCUGUUCUGCUCGAUGCGUAUGGUAUCAGCAGUCGAAGCAUUGUUACGGCUGUUCAUGAAAUACUGAAACUCUGAAUAUCUAUUCCUAACGCUGAGAACUUGCAGUGCGAAGAGAAGUCUUUGCGCUAACAGAAGAAUGUCUUCUUUCUUUCAACUACUUUCAGAACUGAAUAAUUUUGAAGCUCGGUAGGGGGAUUCGCUAAAUCAAAACUCUGGUUUGCAGAGCCUGAAGACAAAUUCAGACCAAUGCUAACUAUUAAAUACAGAAAGUGUUUUAGCAACGAUAUUCAGUAUCAGUCUGCUCAACUAUUUCGAGAUGCAUACAGCGCAUGUUUCGUAUUAUAAAUCUAACAAUAAAGUGCAAAUACCCCCGAGUCUGAACGCCAUUCCGUCGUGCAAUAAUUUUCUUAAAUUUUUCAACAUUGCCAAUUAUUCCAAAAAUUUACUCUAUGUAUAAAACAAACGUUCCAGCAAUAAUAACUAACACAGUAGUUUACUAGAAAUAGUUGUUAUUGGAUGCACAAGUUGAAUGGUAGGUUAUUUUUAUAAACUUGUUUGUAAUUCCCCUCCCUGUUUCUUUAACCACCGACCUGUUUUUCAACCACAGAGCGUAUGUGAAAAGGAAAUAAAGUGUUCAAAGAUCA